CUAAGCCUCCCGGUGGGCGCGGCGACUGCCCCGCGAAAGGUUCCUGCUGCCGGAGACGGCCGUUCCGCACACACGCAGGCUGUGAUAAAAUCCUACAAUGCCGCUUUGAGUAGCUGAACUGAAGGGGACAAAAGGAGGUUAAAGAAAAUGCCCCAGCAAACAGCAGUGACAAUUACUUUGGCAACCCUGCUGGGUGUUGCUGUGGGGGGGCUGGUUUUGUGGAAAGCAGCCCAGCGUCGAAAAGGAAAAGCAUGCUGUAGUAGUCAGCGAGAGGAAGCAUUUAUAAACUCAGGAGACAAGAAACUGAUUAAGACAGAGGGUAAGGAGGUGCUUUCCUUCUUCAGAUCUUCCACAUUUUCCUGGGUAGAGAGGAUCCUUGGUGCAGACGUAAUGAUAGUUUCAGAGCAGGAGGAGUGGGAUCAUGCUGAACCUUUGCUGAAGAAGGAGCUGGAGAAGUGGCCAGUGCUUGGAAUUGAUUGUGAGUGGGUAUCUGUGGAGGGAAAAGCAAAUCCUGUAUCCCUCCUGCAGAUGGCUUCUUCCAGCGGCCUCUGCAUUCUUGUUCGAUUGCCCAGGCUUGUUGCCAGUGGACAGACUAUCCCAAAGACCCUGUUGGACAUCAUGGCAGAUAGUGCUGUGUUGAAAGUUGGAGUAGGAUGCUGGGAAGAUGCUUGCAAGUUACUUCAUGAUUAUGGUCUUCCAGUCAAAGGGAGCGUGGAUCUCCGUUAUUUAGCCAUGAGACAGUGGAAGGAUCUACCUCACUGCCUUAGCCUAAAGUCUUUAGCUGAAGAAGUCCUGAACUGUCCACUUGACAAGUCUCCUCAUGUACGUUGCAGCAACUGGGAGGCAGAAGAACUGACACAAGAUCAGGUUCUCUAUGCUGCUAGAGAUGCUCAGAUCUCAGUGGCUCUGUUCCUCCAUUUGCUGGGAUUUGCCAGCCUCCCUGCUAUAUCUCAAGGUGAAAACUGUCUUGCUGCUUGGGAAAAAGCAGUGAGUAAAUGCCGGGGCUUGGUGGAUAUUCCUUUUAGAGGAAGAAAGAGUGUCAGCACAGGAGAGGAGAAGAAUGGAGAGGGAUGUUCCCCUCAGAAAACAAAGAAUCGGAAGUCUGCUGUGAAUGGCCAACCUGCUGGCAGUCAGCAAGUGAGAGAUCCACGAAGGCAGAAAAGAAAGCCUCUGGGUGUGGGAUAUUCUGCACGGAAAUCUCCACUGUAUGACAACUGUUUCUUGCAUGCACCAGAUGGACAGCCCCUCUGCACUUGUGAUCGCAAGAAGGCUCAGUGGUAUCUGAACAAGGGGAUUGGAGAGCUAGUUAGCACAGACCCAUUUAUUGUGAAGCUGCGGUUUGAGCCUUCGGGGCGUCCUGAGUCUCAAGUUGAUUAUUAUCUGACAGUGAAAGAGAACCUGUGUGUUGUAUGCGGCAAGAGAGAAUCCUAUAUCCGGAAGAACAUUGUUCCUCACGAAUACAGAAGACACUUCCCUAUCCAGAUGAAGGACCACAACUCCCAUGACGUGCUCCUUCUCUGCACAUCCUGCCAUGCCAUCUCCAAUUACUAUGAUAACCAUCUCAAGCAGCAGCUAGCUGAGGAGUUUGGUGCACCCAUUGGCUCUGAGGAAGGUGUGCGUCUGAUGGAGGACCCUCUGCGCAGGCAAGUACGCUCCGGGGCCCGAGCCCUGCUGAAUGCAGAUAGCUUGCCUGACCCCCGAAGGGCAGAACUUUUGCAGACCAUCAAGGACUUCUUUAACACAGAGAGAGUCACCCCAGAGAUGCUCCAGGAAGCAGCCGGUCUGGAAACCAGGAUCUGCAAUGAGAGCUACAUGCCACAUGGACUGAAGGUGGUGCAGUGUUUUGCUAAAGGAGGCCUGCGCUCCCUUAUCCAGUUGGAGAGACGCUGGCGGCAACACUUCUUGGACAACAUGCAGCCCAAGCACCUCCCAGAGCAGUGGUCAGUGGACCAUAACCACAUGAAGCUGAUCCGAAAGUAUGGGGAGGAUCUUCAGAUUGAGCUGUCAUGAAUCUAACUUCAUGGACUCUAGAUAGUAUCUAAUGGACAUAUGUAACUGAAGGUGGAAGAACUGUUUUUAUUUCUAUGUCUCCACUAACAUCUGGGCCUGGGUUUGCAAACUGGCAGCAGUAUGCCUGCCAGAUUUGAUAUCUUAUAGAGUUAAAUCCAUUGACUUGAAUUUUCAGCUGGCUGAGAUUUUUUUAAUCCUGGUCUGUCACUGACUAGUUCAGUGCAAGAAUGAUAUGCUUAAGGGAACUUGUCUUCUCAAAGUUACUAUGGAGAGUUAUUUUCUAGCCCCCAGGAUAUCUGAUGCCUCCAGACCAUUUCUCCUGACACAGAACACAAUAUAUGAACAUUUCCCAGGUUUUCUGACAGGUAUAUCUGCUCCCUUGAAGCCCUUGAGACCUUGAGAGUCUCCUGAUUUAAAAGCCUCUCUUUGCUUUCAGUGCAGUUGUACUCAUAUGAGGAGUUAUUGGAGGAGACUACCUGCCAUAGAGAGGUUCCUGUUUGGAAGUGGCAAAGAAACUUUACCUUUUUUUGCACAUUCUGAGCUGUAUCAGAACUGCAGAUAUAGGCCUCAGUGAGUUUCGUGGUGACAGGUGCCUGAUGAGAAGAGACAUUCCGACCACGCAUAUCAAGUGUUUUCUUAAAUAGCUUCCAGCAACACACAAUGUAUAGAAAAAAUGUUCUUUCCUAAUUCCACUUGUCUAUCACAAAUGGGUCUUGAUGGGUACCUUUUCGUAUCAGACUGAAGUCAAGGGUCUUAAAAAGGAUGUGAGGAAACAAAUUUCAUUUAAAUACCAGCAUCUUUUAAGAGGUCAGACCGUGUGUGGCAGAAAACUCGAGAAUCUGGUGUUCUGUUCCUGGGUUUGCUGUGUGUGGUGGUGAGCAAGUCAUCUGCUCUCCAUGCCUGAUUCCCUGUCUCUAAAAUGGGACUAGUAAUACUUACCAAUCUCACAAGAUUGUUGUGGGGCUUAAGGAGUUAAUGUUUUUAUAAAAUGCUUUGAAAAUAUAAGCUAGUGUGUGCUAAUUAUUACUGUAAUUUUUAAAAUGUGCUGUUGUCUGACUUUCUUAAAUACUCAUGUUUUUUAAAUAGUACUAGACUUUAAUUAUAUAUAACUUUUAAAAAAUACAUACACUUUUCUGUGAUGAUUUUGAUUGCAUGCAGUGAGUGUUCUUCCCUGACUGAUGAAGCUAUGCUCAACUUUUAUAGGUCUCUUUAAAGAAGUUUCAGGAAAACCCAUGUCAUUCUUGAUGCUACUGCAUAUAGCACAGUUGAUCCAUAUUUUAGUAUAAUUUUGAGCAGAAUCCUGGACUUGCAGUGAUUGUAGCUGAAACUCUCCCUUAUCAGAUAAUUCAAGAAAUUUUACAGGCCAAGGUGAAAAACCUGUUUGUAACAGAGACCUUUUGAGAUAAGUAGGAGCUGUAAAGAAACGGUACAUUAAUGCCAUCCCAGAGGAGCUGCAGUAGCAGCCUGAGCACAAGGAAUCAAAGAUUCAUGAUAAGUACUACUUAUCACAGAGCUGCAAAUAAGACCAUUUUCAUUAUAAGGGCAAUUUUAUUCCUUUCCUGUACCACUGGCAGUUCUUAACGAAAACUGAUCUAACUGAAUGUGUUCUGUCUCUGUGCUCAUUCAGACAGCUGAUUAUAAUCUCAGCAAGAGCCUCCUGUCUACAACAGCAGCUUGAAUAAAACUAUUUCUCUCCAAUGCAAUUUGAGAAGUGUUCAGAUAGUGCUAUCUCCUGUCUUCAGUGCCAUUUCAGUGGUAGGAGCUUGUUGCAUGGCUCAGAAGAACUCCUUUUCAACAAUCAAGGGUACAAAGUGUCCAUCUCACUUUUUCAUUCUGCUUGGUUUUUCUCUUUUUGCUCCAAUGCCGAAACUUCUGAUAAAGCUGUCCUUGUUUAAUGGAAGUGAUGGGCUGACCACAGGGCUGCUGUUUUUUCUGUUUGUUGAGACAAUUAUUGGAAUAGAGGUCCUCUAAAUUUAAAGGAAUCAGUGGUAUCAUUCUAGGGUUUUGUGGUUUAUUUUUUCCAAGUCACUUGUUCAGAAUUAGAAAUUAAUAGAAAUUUGCAAGGAAAACUUCCUUUAUAAAUAUUUUGUUAACUAAGUUUAUUUUUUUUUUGUAAGGUAUCCUUAAAUUUGCAUCAUUUUAAGUCAACCUGGAAGAGGAGGUGAAGUGAUACAUUUAUUGUGCAGGAAUAGAUUAUUUUUAUAUGAUUGUGAUUUAAAAUUUUCUGCUGGUCUAUAGAUAAAACUUUCUUGUAUGUCUUCAUCACUAAUUAUUGCAUUCAGUAAAAAUUUGUUC